AUGUCUUUCACAGCGGAUAAGACUUCAUCGGGCCUCACAGCUCGUCAACUUCUCGGACUUGAUGACAACGCUGCACGUAACAAUUCCCGAAAUGAUGACGUCGAUCCUUCACUUCCUUCUCACGCCGCCUACGUCCCCGAUUCAGACAGAUCCGCUUGUUGCGAAGACACUCGCCGUAAACUGGAACUCAAUGCCUCGAUUCACGAGAGUGACCUCGAAAGCAAUGGCAUACCUCCACCCACACAUUGCCCAGUUCCAAACAGCGAUUCACCACAAGGGUACCGCCCCGAACCCAAUCCCACCCAAAUACUCAGUCAGUUACAACGCAUGCUUGAAGACGAGGACGAAGACAAAGACAGGGCGAAUCCUCUACAAUCCACCCAAAUGCAGCCAGAACGCACACCACCACCAUCAUCAUCCUUCGACCGCGAAGCCUGGCUCGCCACCCGCCCAACCAUCGCCGACCUCAUCACCCCCAGACCACUUCCGCCACCACCACCCAUCCCACCCCCCAAAACCUACUCUCCCCUUACCGAAUUCUGCCUCCGUCACAACUCCCUCUGCUGUUGGCCCUGUUCCGACGGCCGAGAUAAACUCCCUGCUCUCGAGGUCUAUUUCAACCAGCUCGUCAACUCUAAUAAGCCUCGUUACCAGCAACUAGAGCUGGUGGACGAGAACGGUAAAAUUCCCGAAAGGCAGGUGUGGAUGUCGAGUUGUCCGGUCAUGUUGGAAAAAGGAGCGUGA